GUGACUGGCAACGAGCGGGAACCUGUGGCGGAGCGACGGGCAACGACCUGGUGCGGGGGUUGGGGGCCGGGAAGAUCGCACUUUCUGAGCCGAGCGCCGUGUGUAAGCGGAGACACCAAAAGAUGCAGCCCCCGGGCCGCGUGGCGAUGGAUGUGCGGGUCCAGGAUGUGGAGAAACGGAGGAAUCCGAGCAAACACUAUGUUUAUGUUAUCCAAGUGAACUGGUCCGAUAACACAUCAAGUAUCAUCUACCGACGUUAUAGCAAGUUUUUCGACCUCCAGAUGCAGCUUCUGGACAAGUUUCCUGUUGAAGGAGGACAGAAGGAUCCUAAAUUGCGUUGUAUCCCAUUCUUGCCUGGCAAAAUCCUGUUCAGAAGAAGCCAUGUCAGGGAUGUGGCCAUGAAGAGACUGAAACCUAUUGAUGAAUAUUGCAGGUCUCUGGUUCGACUGCCAUCUCUAAUCUCGCAAUGUGAUGAAGUACGCCGGUUUUUUGAGCCUCGUCCAGAGGAUUUGAAUCCACCAAAGGAAGAAUGUGGAGGAAUAAAGAAGAAAUCAGGUUCAGAGGCUGUGGCAGAGCCCAUGGUUUUGGAUCAGUACAUGGUGGUCGCCAACUAUGAAAAACAGGAGAACUCUGAGAUCAGCCUAAAGGCAGGAGAAGUGGUGGAUGUUAUUGAAAAAAGCGAGAGUGGUUGGUGGUUUGUGAGUACAGCAGAGGAGCAGGGCUGGGUCCCAGCAACAUAUCUGGAAGCACAAAAUGGAACUCGAGAUGACCUGGACAUCAGCACCACAAGAGCUGGAGAAGUCACUAAGAGACGCAAAGCCCAUCUGCGGCGGCUGGACCGGAGGUGGACUCUGGGAGGAAUGUGUAACCGCCAACAAAGCCCAGAGGAGAAGUACAUCACUGUACAGCCAUAUGUCAAUCAAGGCAAAGAUGAGAUUGGAUUUGAGAAAGGAGUCGUGGUGGAGGUCAUUCAGAGGAACCUGGAGGGCUGGUGGUUCAUCAGAUAUCAAGGCAAAGAGGGAUGGGCACCAGCAUCUUACUUAAAAAAAGUGAAGGAUGAUCUUACUCAACGAAAAAAGCCUCUUACUGGGCCAGUAGAGAUCAUUGGAAAUAUAAUGGAGAUAAGUAACCUACUGAAUAAAAAAUCAUGCAGUGAAAAAGAUGUUCAGACAGAGAACGAAUCUAACUUUUAUGAUCAUCCUCCACUCACGGCAAAGGAAAUCAGUCUCCCACUGCCCUGUGACCAGACCAAUGGUGAUGCAACUGUAUUGACAACAGCAGAGAAAAGACUUGGCCGAGGAGCUUCAGGGUCUCCGGCUGUUGCCCGGGUUGCUCCUCAGAGGGCAAACAUAGGUUCCCCAAACUUAAGACAGAAGCCACCACCACGCAGGGAAACUAGCCUGGGAUUCCAGCUGCCCAAGCCUCCAGAGCCUCCUGCUGUUGAAGUGGAGUACUACACCAUUGCAGAAUUCCAAACACACAUUGCUGAUGGGAUCAGCUUUCGUGGGGGUCAAAAAGCUGAGGUCAUUGAGAAAAAUUUAGGUGGCUGGUGGUAUGUACAGAUUGGGCAGCAGGAGGGUUGGGCACCAUCUUCAUACAUUGACAAGAGGAAAAAGCCAAAUCUGUCCAGAAGAAGCAGCACACUAAUCCGACCAAAAAUCCCUCCACCGGCGCCACCCACCAAAAGCAAGCCAAAUUCUGAGGAAACAGGUCCAGGAAAUGACAGUGAAUGCAUGCAACAAAAGCCCAAGUUUGAGGAACCAGAAUAUGAUAUUCCGGCUGCAAUCUUUGAUCGUGAGCCUGAGACUAGAAUGAAUUUUGUUGCUGACGAACAGGCUAAAGAGGAUUCAGUUGAUCAGGACCAGCCAGAAUCCAGCCAGCAACAAAGCAAACCGUGUCCAUUAUCCACACUGAGAAAAGCUCGCUUCAAAAUGGGUGAAUCUUCAGAAAGCUUGUUCCGUGAUGACCAGCUUGUAUUUCCUCCCAGUGAUAAGGAAUGCAACCAAGGAGGGAGUAGCAAUAGUUUAGUAUGUAAUCAGGUUUGCGAAAAUAUUACUCAGAUUGAUGCUGCAGUAUCAGCAUCAGAGACCAGCUGUUCACCAAAAUACAUUUCACCAAAACACUCUCUAAAAAACCUUCAAUUAAGAUCUGAGAAGAAAACAGAUGCUAGGAAAGACCAGGAUCCUGAAAAAAGUGGGGAUAAUUACUGCAAAUCCACCUCCGAUAUCACUGACUGCACCAAAGUUGGGUCAAAAAAAGACAGGGAGAUAUCUGAAACAAACGCGCACACAGAACAGAAAGCUGCUCUUAGUCCUAUAACCAGGCCAAAGCCUUCUGUGAGACCAAAGCCUUUACUGGUGAAGCCAGAAGCACAGAAUACAGAGAUUAGCACCAUCAGGCGCCAGCUUAGGCCUACAGGACAGCUGAAACACAACUCAAAAGGGAUAAAGAUUGAUGAUGCAGAAACUAUCUCAUUAACAUCAUCUGAAAAUUCAGAAGAUUCUUUCACUAAAAGUACAGUCGAUCUUUCUCCAAAUGUGUCACUCAGCCAGGUGGGACUGGGAACAGUAAAACCCAGUGAUCAGGAAACAGAAUCACUGUGUCAGUAUAAGACAGUGGAUAAAUAUGAAAAAGUUCAGGACAAUGAAAUCAGUUUUCCAGCAGGAAUAAUGGUUGAGGUUCUCGAAAAACAAGACAGUGGUUGGUGGUUUAUUAGAAUUGGAGAUGACGAGGGAUGGGCCCCAAUCUUCUAUUUGGAGCAUGUUAGUGGCAGGCCAGCAGAGGGCCCUGGAGAGUCUGAAACUCCAAAUAGGGACAGGUCAGUGAAUGAAAAUCAGCUCAACAAUAUAGAGAAAGUAGACAAGAAGGUUCAGGCAUUAAAUAACAUUAACAUUGGUCUAAAGCGAGCAACACCCCCAAUUCCUGCAAAACCCCCUGGAGGGUUUGCGAGACUAGGAGGAAAUGUGAAUGGUUCAGUAAAAAUGAGAAAUGGGUUGAAACAGGUAACCGUGAGGCCACAAUCUGUAUUUGUUUCCCCCUCGAGCAAAGAAAGUAACAGCUUAGCUGCAUCACUCAGGAGGAAUGAAUCUAUGAUGUGUCAUGAGAAUAUCAAGUCUACAGUGAAUAUCCGCCGUAAUGCUUCUUUCAACAAUGUCCGGUUACGAAAGAAGAAUGAGGAGCCUGAGUCUAUACACUCUGUGGCAAUGUCCAGCCAGAAAAAGGUCAGACCUUCAGAAAGGUGUGGAGGAAUUGAGUCAGAUACCAUAAGCAGAAUUUCCCAGAAAGAUGGGAUUCCCGUGUCAGCUGUGAGACCAAAGCCAGUAUGCAUCCAGGAGAAACCCCAAUUCAUCCAGAACAACUGGAGAGAAGUGUAUGUUGCAGUUGCUGACUAUCAGGGAGACGAGGAGACCAUGGGCUUCCAAGAGGGCAGUUCUGUGGAGGUGCUGGAACGUAAUCCCAAUGGUUGGUGGUAUUGUCAAAUAAUAGAUGGUGGAUGCCCUCGAAAGGGCUGGGUGCCUUCCAAUUAUCUAGAAAAAAAGUACUAAAAUUUGUUUUUAUACAUAUAAAUAUAUUUUAAUUUAUCGAUGCAAUGUGCAUUUUCAAAUGGAACAGCUAAGCAAACACUGCAAACCUGCAAUGGAAUAAAUGCCGCUAUAUUUCAAGUGCUGAAUUGCUGAGCUAGUGAAUACCAGUGAGACUGUAACAUAAAGCUGAUUAAGUAUGUGGAAAGACACCUGUAGAUGAUGGGAAUUGUGUAGUCCAUCUGUACAGGGUGGGUUCUGGACAUUAAAGUGUCAAAGUGGAGCUGAUCACAGCUGGACAAGGGCGAGUUGCACUUCCUACAUGCAACGGAGUUACUCAAAAGCCGGACCUUUGAGCAGAGUUGGAUAUUUUAAAUUAAUUAUUAUUGUUUUAUUAUUUACUUUUAACUGAAUAAUCAGGAGUUGUUCUGGAGAUUUUCACUGGUGCCUUUAGCAUGCCCAAAGUAUAAAAACUGGGAAUUAACAUUCUUUUCACUGUGCCAAAAAUGUAAAUUAAUCUGUUCAAAUUUCUUUGACUUAAUGGAAUGACUUUAAGGUAUCGCUGACUUUCAGGUCAUUAUAUGUUAUGUUAGAAGGGAGAUGAAAGGGAACUAACAUCAUGCAAUGUGACAGAUGAGGUAGAAACCCCAAUAGUUGAAGGUGUGCUGAGAUGCUAAUUACAUUGGCAAAUGUGUCUCAAGGAUGCAAUUUUUAUUGUUCUGUCACAAAGUUUUACUGAUUUCCUCAUGUGGGUUUGAGGCACAUUCAUUAUUUUGCUUCAGUUCAUCAGACCACAGACACUGUCCAGGAUGACACUAAUAAAGUUAGCAUCUCUUCCAUUGUGGCCCAACAAUACACAACCCUGUUUUUCUACUUCUAGCUUGGAGUGUUAUUAGGUUAAAGUUUUUAGCAGAGCUCCUGAUAUUCAGAAAGCAAAUGACCCCAGCAUGCUCUGUCCAUGCCCUUUAUUUGCAUCAAAUCUUUGCAUCAGAGUAUGGAUCUGGGACUAAUAAUUCUUUUGAACAUAUUACAAGAUGAAUAUUUCACACUGCUUCAUAAAACCCAGAACCUCAGAAAUCUGAGAGGUGAGAGCUUUAUCUGCAGUUUGUUGGUAUGAUAUGCUUAUUUAUAAAAUAUUUUAUCUUAGAUUCUUUUUGCAUAAAUUCUCUAGAUGGAAGUUUUUUGUAUAUGGUAUUGUUGCAGGACACUUAAACAAGGACACUAACGAUAGACUUGCACCCUCUUUCAAGGGCAAGAUGGAGAUAAGUGGUGUGGUGUAAGACGCAGCACUUUUUGCAAUGGAUUCCAUUGCUGACAAGAAAAAACAUGUGGCUCAGGGCCCCAUGACUGGAUAACUAACACUGCAAUCUACAAUUAAACAUGAAGGGAUAUGGCCCUGGAUAUUGGAUUCAAUAACUGAAGUACACAUUGGUAUUAUAGUACAUUAAUUUUUAAUUAUGUUGUCAAAUGUAGCUAUACAUGAUCUUCUUUGAAUAGAAAUGAGAGACACCAAUUGAAAGUUGUCACUACUUUACAGUAGCUGAAUGACACAUAGGCUAGGAACUUCUAAGCUGAAAGGAUAUACUGCUUCUUCAUGAACUUGAUCAUAUUAUCUAGCUAAUAUGAACAGAAAAUGCCACAGAAACUCAGACUUGGCAGCAUUUGUGGAGAGUUGACCGUUCAUGUUCAAUGUGACUUCUUCAGGACAGUAUUAUUCAGCACUGUAUUGUGCAUUGCUGUUUGCUAUAGCCUGUUACUACAAGCAGUGCUUUGCUGCCUCUACAGAUGUACUAAUGGAAUGUAAGUUAGUACAUUCACAGUGGAUGCACAAUGAUUUGUGGACUGAGAAGAGUCCCAUUUAUUGAACUAUUGUGUCACACCCAUCCUUUGAAUGUCAGUGGUCCUUUUCAUUGGCAUGUUGUUUGUUCAGGAAUAAAACACUUCUUUAAUAGUGUAAUACAGAUGUGUAAUAAUUCUUGAUUUUAUACAAUAUAUAAUACCCUUUAGUACAACACAAGUUGGAAGGAAUUAAAGUUUACAGAGAUGUGCUGAGUAGAUUCUAUUAAAACUGAACAGCAUACAUCUUAACAGCCAGUUACUGCCAAAUUAGACAUGCUGAGUUAUGAUUCCAUGGUUGACUGCAUUCCUUCAAACUAAAUAUGCAAUUUUAGCAUAAAGGUUUGUACAGCUUUUCUGGAAGUAGCUUUGAAUUUAGAAGAAUCUACUUGCCUAAUAUUUAAUUACCUCAACAUGCAUACAACAAUUAAAGAUGGAUUUUAUAACCAAUUCUUCAGUGCAUUUAAGCAAUAAAACCAAACUAUCCAUUUAUCUUACCUGAAUUUUUUGUCAGCCUACUCCUGAUUCUUCUAGUCUCAAGCUUUUACUACAGUUAGUUUAACAGGGGAAUUUUGUAUCAAUAGUGUAAUCAAUAGUGAGUUUCUAUAAUCCGGAGGAUAGGUAGAUUGUAUUUGUAAGGAUAGAACAGAACUAAAUCCAACAUUAGUCAUCAAUUUCAGUUUUAUGUUACUGUAUCAAACAAAAUGACUUACUUUCUGUUUAUUUGUUAAAACUUCCAUCAAAAAGACACAAAAUAUGGAAAAGUGCAAUAUAGAAUUGAUGUAAAUUACUGAAGGCAAAUGCUGAUAUUGGGAGGUUAAUUGAUGUGAAGCAGGGUUUCGAACAUCUGUGUAGGGGAAAACUAACAAUAUAUCUAGGAAUAGCAGGGUGUAUAUCAGCUAAUAUGUCGUGAAAAAUGUAUAAGCCUAGUAGAAUCAGCUUUAGUGGACUGGGCAAAACAGAAUCUUGAUCAGGCACUGUCUUUGCAAUCCUGAUUUUAAUCUGGACUAGGAAAUCUUGAACAAGAUGUUUUUAAAAUUAGCUUUGCAAUGAAAUACUGAUGAUUCAGCAGUCUUAUUUUGGAAUGGUAUUAUCCCAGUGGAUAAUAGUGUAGUCUGCUAGCACUGUGCUUUGUUAUGUCAAGCAAUUCUCCUAGUAUAUUGCAGUUUACAAAUUAAUGGUGUUUUGAACUAUCGAUACAACUGUAUAUUUUAAAUACUGCACAUUUAGCUUGGUUAUCCAGUAAGUAAGAAUGAAAAUGUGCUGACAGGAUGUUGUUGGAAGAACAGUUCUUAUUGUGGAAUGAUAAAUAGCUUUGGAAGUUGAGAGUCAGGAUUCACUUUCCUAUCCCUUGGUUUUAAAGUACAGGGGCAAAAUAAGCAAAAGAUAUUUUGAGAAUCUCAAAUUGUUUCAGCGCAAAAUUGGCUUUUCAGUUGUGACCUAAAGGCUUGAGUGGUAAGGUACUACAGGAAAAGAUAGAGCUCUGCCAAAAGAAAGCAUCAUACUUUCGUCAUGGCUCACUAGAGGUUCUCCUGCAAGCUGUCUAGUAGAGAAGGAAUAUACUGGUUUUCAGAAAUGGCAACAAUAGGCCAUUCCAGGUGACCAAAGCAUCCUGGACUAAGGUGGCUGUGGAGGGAGUAUUAAGAGAGAGUAGAUCCAGUGCUGCAAAAGGAUGAAUGAUCUGCUAUACACCAAUCAGAAUAGUACCACUGACUACUCAAUGCUUUGUGUCCCCAAGAGUAACAGGACCUAUAAAACCUAGAAGCUCAUGCACCACCAAUUCACUGAUCUUUCAUCACAACUAUGAGAAUUUACACAGCUGAUUACUAUAUACCAAGGCUUGCAGGGGACAAGGUCACAGCCACAAAAAGUUUCUUUGGGUUGGACACCUCACAAGGAUACCAGACGUGAAUCAUAUAAUGCUUUAUUAAUUUCUAUUAGUAUUACCUCCUUGAGGUCACUGAACCAUAUUUCAGGCAGAACUCUUCUGUUUCUAUGAUCCCCUAUACAACAUACAUACAUCCCCUAUGCUCGCAAAUAAUGCGCACAACCUAUCACAUUUCUGGGGAUUCACAGCUUUAUCUAUAUCAAGCAGUCCAGGCAAAGUGCUCAUUCACCCAUACUAAUGUCUCUUAAUGAUUCUCUCUGUCUGCACAAUAAGCAUGGACAUACAAACAAUAUGAUAAACAAUACAAUAUAUGGGAAUACAAUAAGCAUAGAAAUGGGAUCAGGGAGAAAAGGAGUGAUGGGGGUUAUCCGAUAAAAGGCAUCUUACAGCCUUUGAAGAGCAGCCUGCUGAACUGGCAGGAGAGCAUGUGGAAUGUGAAUGUGCUGAGGAGGAGAUUGACAUACCCAGCCAUCUGGUGAGAAGGCCUCCACUCUACUAUUUCAAGCUGCACAUCAAGCAGCAUGCCUUAAAUACUUGGUUAAGGAUAGUGGCUGACAACACUGACAAACAUUUGUUUUCUUCUGAAGUUUUCAAAUCCCAUUCUCGAGUCCGGACCCAAAGAAACAAGAAGAGCCCAGUCCUCAAGCCCAUUUCUAAUAGCCCCUCACAGCAUACCACUGAGGAAAAACAGUUGGGACCCUCAGAGUAAGCACAAUCAAGGUCUACCACCUUCCAUCAGCGUAGAGACAUGCACCUCAGUGAGUAAUAUACCGAGAGUCAGCUUCGGCUCACGUUCUGGUGUGCACUACACUGACAUGGGCUUGCAGCGACAGGAGGAAGAAAAUGAUGAUGUCUCUGUCACUCAGAGAACUGCUGGAGAACAGAUCUAAGCUAAGCUCAGCUCAUUGCAGUCUCUGUACGUAGCCGUUAAUGAACUGCUCAUGAUGCUGCUAGAGACAAGGAGGAAAACAUCCGGCAGAGGUGCCAGAAAUGAUGCAUAGACAGGAGCAAUGGACAGAGGCGUCUGCCCAUAUCUUAUUUGAUUCUGUAACUUCAGUAUGCAAGCAUAUAGUUUCCUCCAUAGUUCAGGUGGCAGCCACUGUGAAAAGUUAGGUCCAGCAAAACUGUCAGUAAAUACCAGAUAUGUUCAUAUGAGCCAUGGCUGCUUUAAUUCACUGGUUCAGUGAAAUGAGCCUACAGGACCUUGACAUCCCAUCAGGUUCUCUAUUCCACAAGAGGUGUGGGAGGUACCAUUCUACACUGACACAGAGAAUGAGGAUCAAGAGAUAGACAUUCAGUGAUUGUCAUCUCAGGGUAUUCCAGAGAUGCCCUGAUGCAUCAUUGCCCCUCUGCUGGAAAACCUGGUGCCUGCAUCCAGUUAUUCUGAGGGCCUUGCAUCUGCACCUGUAUAGGAGCUGCCUGGUCCAGGUUGAACAGUUUUUGUCAAAUAAAGCCAUCUGAGCUAAGGGGGUAAAGUAAUCAGCUGGAUUCCUCCAGCUCAGCUGCAGCUACCCAAGUGGCACUAAGAUAUAGCAGUAAAAAAAUAAGGAUUAAACAGCACUGAUAUUAAUAUUGUUUCCACCACGCUCGAAACAAUUCAACACCUUACAUAAAAUGUCUUCAGCCUAUUUCAAUCACUUCUAACUGUUCAUGUGUUCCUUAUAGGGUAUCUUGGAGGGCAGUGAUUGCCUUAGGUGCUCACUCAUCUAUCUUGCAGCAAUGCAAAGGCCACUGUGACUAACACAAAUCUGUAAAGUGGGAAUUUGGUGAGAUGGUUGGGUUUCAACUGUUGACCACAGUUGUUCAACCUCUCCACCUGAGUAAUAAAUAGAAACACCUUGCGAAUGAAGGAAUCAAGACAAAUGUAGCCAUUUAAACCUGCAGAACUGUAUACCGUUGCUUUGGCCAGGAAACUGAACGGGUUUAUUGGUGCAAAAGGAACAAAUUCAAUGGACUAAACUGCCUUAAUGUUUAAAUAACAAGAAUUCCUUUGAGAACAAGAUUUCCUCUCUGCCAUAGUUCAUAGUAUUUCCAAGUAUCCACACUUGUUUGCAGAAAGGUAUUUAGCAUCAAAACCAUCCAAUAUCAGGUUUUUUUUAGCUCCCUUAGCAUUUCUGUCAGACUCUCCUUCCUCAUUGGAGGAGACGGAUGACUGGUCCAUUGCCUCCUCAUCUCACACCAUCGUUGAUGCAGCACAUAAUCACUGUUCUGGAGACCCUUUCAAUGACUGUUGGAGUGGUGUUCCUGGGUGGUUCAGGCAACAAAAGUGCACCUUCAGAAAACUAAUUGCCUGUUCAAUGGUGGCCUCAGUGGAUGUAUGUGCUGCAGUUAUAACAUUGUUUGCCAUUAGCCUGACGGUUCCAUACCAGCUGUGUCUUGUGAAUAUCCUUUGUCACCUAAGAAAACAGUCCUGAAGAUAAAGUGGGGGGGGGGCGCGGUCUACUUUUGCAGUUAUGCAAGGUUUAGGGCUUUGAAAGCACCCUGGGCAAUGGGUGCACACCUGCAGAAAUUGUCCAUAAAUGAGCUGAACACUGAGGGAGUGAAAUCCCAUCCAGUUCAGGAAUUUGGCUUAACUCUGAACCUCACAUGCAUUCAAUUGAUCAUCCGUUGUAACUGAGGAAACUGGUGAUGGCUGCAAAUCUGAUUGCUGAGACACCUAGGCUGUCUGUGUUCAUGGUGAACUAGAUAAAGUGUAUUGCUUCUCUAAAAAAGGCCAUCAGUGAACUCCUGAAUCCAUUGUAGACUACCAAUUGGAAAAUAAGUCUCUAGUUGAGGUUUAAAAGAAGCCUGCAGUGAGUAAGUUCAAAUUUGCUGUUAUCUUCAGCAUCACUAGCAUAGUACUUUCUCCCCAGCUUGUGCGGCUGCAGAAUAUGUUGGCAGGAGGUGGCUGGUGAUCGAUGAUGGCUUCUGUAAUCAUACAGACAUACCUGCAGCACUGCUUUUUAUUUGUUUAUGUGUUCAUUUCCUCCCCUUGCCCACCUUCCCUAAUGGCCUCACCUUCUGUAUCUUGAUUAUUUAGUGCUUUUGGAAUGCUAUUAAUGCCUUCUACUGUGAAGACACAUGUAAAAUAUUCAUUCAAUUCCUCUACCAUUUCCUGGUUCUCCGAAAUUAUUUUCCCAGCUUUGAUUUCUAAUGGGCUUUGUACACUUUGGCCUGUCUCUUCCUUUCUGUGUAUUUAAGGCUCUUGCUAUCCUCUUUCACCAUACUCGCUUACCACAAAGACUAUUUUCUUCCUUUGCUUUCAGGCAUCUAUUUUCAUUGUUUUUAAGUCACCCAUGAUUACUACAAUACUAUUUUUGUAUGCCCUCAUUAACUCCUACUUUAUUCUCUGACCUACAGUAUUGCUGCUGUUGGGGGCCAAUUGAGUACUCUCACCAUUGUCUUAUUGCCAUUGUUAUUCUUUAACCCCACCUAUAAGGAAUCUAAACCUUUUUUAUUUGACCUAUAUGGAUUCUGUAUCAUCUGCAUCUAUCUCAAAUGUCUGUUGCUCUCACAUUAUAUUCCAGCAUGGUUAAAGUAAAUCCCGUCCCACUGAAGCAGCUGAUUUCCAUGAUAGUGCUGGUGCCUUAUGAACCGAAAUCCAUUCCUUCCAUAUCAAUCUUUGAACUACACAUUUAAAUCCUUGACUUAAUUUGCCCGUGACUCAGGUAAUUGAGCAUAUUAUCUUGGAGACCCUGUUUUUAAUUUAGCUCCUAAUGGUUGAAAUUCUUUCGGCAGAUCCUCCUUUCUGGUCCAAUCAAUGUCAUUGGUACCAUCGAUGAUACCCGAUUCCUUCCUUUCCACACCAGGUUCCUCCCUAGUCCUGAAGAAAUGUCCUUAAUCCUUGCACUAGGAAGGCAGCACAGCCUUCAGGACUCAUGGUUAUGACUUGAGAGGACAGCAGUUGUCCCUCAGAUUAUACUUUUCCUCUACUGCUACUUAUUAUGUGUCAAUUUCCUCCCCGCAUUUGAAUGGCUCCUCGAACCAGGGAACUAGGAUCAGUUCAGCCAUCCUCCCUCAGCCCUCACUGUCAUCCGCACAACUUGGAAAAUCACAUAACCGUUGAAUAUUUACAGGGGCUGUGCUCCUUGAACGCUAUCCCCUGGGCCCACAUACUGUCCGUACCUGCAGUCACGCUUGCCUAUCCCUGAUCACAGACAGAAUUUUAAUUACCUAGUUUGAAGGAUGUGUCUCUACCUCUUGGAGCAAAGAGUCCACAUAACUUUCCCUCUCUUUGAUGUAGCACAGUGUCGACAACUGAAACUCUAGUUCUUCAUCUUGGAUCCAAAGUUUCUUGUGCUCCAAACAUACCACAGAUGUGUACGCUCUGGAUCUUUUGGUGUGCAGCAAUUUCUACAUGCUGCUGCAGCAAUACACCACCUGCAAUCACUGCCCCAUUUUAUUUAUUAAUUACUUAAUCUAUAUUUUUUUAAUCCUGAAAGAUUCAGCUUAUGCUUUUCUGUAAUUAUUUUACACCAGUAUCAACCUUAUACUUACAAGCCAUUUUAACAAAAUGAGAGAUGAAAGAAGUCUAAAGACCUAAGCACAAACUGAAAACCUUACUUUCAUGUUGAAGAAUAAAUGUACUCAUGAAUACUACUCACCAAUGACCUUUCCCUGCACCUACACCAUUUCAUGAUUCGUGAUAUCACUCCAUUGCUGAUCUCACUGCAGAUUGGCCUCUCAAUUGGCCAAGUGCCAGCUAUAUGAUCAUCACAAAUUUUUACAGGAUAUGUAAAUGUUCAUGAACUGCCAAACCAUGAAUUUAUUUAAAUCUCUAACCCUUUCUUUUCUGAAGAACUGUCUCUCCAUCUCAGUGAGAGUUUAAAAGAUGUGUCCUAAUGGUAAUAACAGUUUUUUUGUGGUAGUACCCCAAGUGCUAUUAUUGUUCUUUUAUUAAUGGUCAGCAGCUUUCCACAACUUGCAAUUAUCCCAGCAGAGGCCUUUUUAAGUUCGCAGCUUGAAUGACAGAUCAAAGAGGUUGCUAAAGAAUAACUGUCUUUGAUUUAGAUUAUGCAUACAACUCUUUAUAUGGGAUUAAGUACUUAAGCAGCCUCUAAAGUUUGAAUGUGCUUUCAUGAAUAGGAAUGUUUUCUUUUUAAACAGUAGUAAAGUCUGUAAUAGCUAUUUAGACCUUUAUUUAUUCCAUUUCAACAUUGCCCUUGAGGUCUGCGCAUAGGUGAGUUGGCAUAGAGAAUGCAAGAUGAAAGGAUGGCAGCUGAGUUGGCAUUAAAGUAGUAUAGAACGUUAUGAGGAUUUAUUGGGAUGACGAAUGACUUUGGUUGGCAUUAGAUUGGCACAGGGCUAUCAGGGGCCAUUGGGUUGAAUGAAUGGAAUGAGUGGCAUGUCUUGGGCAUGGGAGGUGUAUUGAAAAUAAUGGGGUGUAGGUGUUGAGACUUAGAGGACUGAAUAUUUGAUUAAACAACUGUAAGGAAGUUCUGGAGAACUGCUGUAGGUAUUUUAAACAGGCUAAUUUGGCACACUCAGCCCCUGUUGCCACCUCCAAUCUGUGUCCAGAGGCAGUGGGCCUCACUGUUCCCGCUCCCACCUUCGGAUGAAAAUCAAGUCUGAUAGUACUUUUUUCAGAAGUGGAUGUAAUGAGCUGGGAAAUUAGUGAUCACACCAACCGCUUUGGGGCAAAAAUCCAGCUGCACAUCUUUUUGCUGUCAUAUUCUGUAAAGAGGAUGAAAACUAUCCUUCUGUAUUGCAUUAUUUUUGAGAUAUGUAUGUUUAAUGGUUAGUAAUUUUGUUCUGUUCAUGAUUAUCUUACAUCGCAUGCUGGCAGAUCUCAAGGAUAGCAAACUGCUUAUCAAAUACUCCAAUGCACUUCAAACAUAUGGUUAUAAAUUGAGAGAUUAUGGAUUUACUGCUAUUAUCAGUUCAGGUUUCUUGCAAUCUUGUUAUAAGUGCGUCUGAAAACCUCUUUGCUAGUCAGUUUCUGUGGCUAAAACCUCAACACUGACCUUCAGUUCUAGACAAUAAGUCUUUGAACUUACAACCGUACAUGCACAGCUGCUGUGUUUUAGUUGCUCCUAUACUUUCAGUACCCUUGGUUAAUAACAUUGCAAUGUUUAAAUUGAACAGAUAGGAAUUGUUCCUCCACUAAAUUAAAUGGUUCUAAAGUGUAAAGUUCUGAAACUAGGCCCUCACUUCUAUUAUCUACUUCUGAGUUGCCUUUGGGAUGUCUUAAAUUGAACUUCUUAAUUUUAAAUUCUAAUUGAUAAAAGGAGGUACUUUUGUUUAUUCAUACAUAUGUGCUGAGCACAGAGGCAGGCUGAUGGUUCGCUGUCUGCUAACGCUUCAUCUUGAACUGCUUUCUUGGCAGUUUGCCAUUGCCUUCCACUCUUGAGUAGGGUCAGUAAGACGUUCAGUUUUUUUCUUGUUCUAAUCACAGGGCUAUUGGGAAAAGGAUUAAUUAGAAUGAUAUUUCAAAGAUUUAGUUUAAUGAGCCAAAUGAACACAGUCUGUGCUGUGAAGUUCUCUGCAUUUCUCUCCCAUUGUCUCAUCUACUGGACUUGGUGAUUUAAACUCAGGCAGUUCCAUGGCCUCCCAUAUUUGAACCAUGACACCUUUCAUCAUGGGUUCAUUGUAUAUGGUUCUAAAUGGUGAGAAGUAGUUGGGUAGUCAACAUGAGAAUAUCACACAAAAAACCAAUCCACAUCUCUCCUGACUUUUAUGGAUAAGCUACAGGACAAGCUUUAGGAGAACGAAUCCUGACUGAUUUUUUUUCUCUCUGAUUGAUGGCUGCUAAAGCAAAAUCUUCUGCUCCAUCAUCACUCAAUUAUAAUUAAUUAACCUGUAAUAUAACAAGGAAUGCAAUUUAGACUAUAUAAUUCAGUACACUGGACUGUAACCUACUCAUUAACCCAGUAAAGGCAUCAAAUGCUAAUAAUACAGGAGGUGAAGACGGGGAAGUUCAUGUGUAAUUUUCAUUUCCAUUAUCAAUAUAACCCCUUUUUUCAACAGUUGGUUGAACAGAAUUUAAACUGUCCUAGUUGAGGUUGCAUUUUAUUGUUGUACUUUCCUGAGGAAUAGUUUCAGGAGGCAUGUAGAGAUGUUUGCUUAAUCAUUUGCCAGUUUGCAAGGCAGUUGUGGUCAAUAUAUUGAAACUGCUUUUCUUACAUAACAAAGAGACCAAUAGCUAUCCCAGAUGAUAUUACAAAUACACCUUUGCAUUCUUUUAAAUUGUAUUCAAUGUUCAAUGUUCAGAGCCUAAUAUCAAACUGCAAAGCAGCCUGAGUGGGACUAAUUCUAGGAAUUCAUUAAUUGUGUUCAUAAGUACAUGGAAAUACUAAGAAUUAAGACAAAAAUUGGAAUAACUUUUUAUAUGCAAAGUAAUAAAAGGAACACUACUGAAACUAUUUAAUCUGUCUAUGGGAGAGACCAUAGGUCAACGUUUUACCAUGUCAUACUCCAAUAUUGGGGUAAAUUGGGAGCCCCCAAUCCACAUUUAUUGAGUGCCAACCGGCACAGCGAUAUUCCCAGAGGUAGCAUUCUAAUUGGUUGCUUUCAAGCUCAAAAUCCCGGUAAAUAUACCAGGCAGGAUGUAAAUGCUGUUGGCCAAAUCAGGAAUCUGACAGCUGUGACACCUCAGCAUUCCCAGUUGUAGAGAUCGUUGUUGAGCAUGCUCCAAUUCUUUUCAAUAAUUUCCAGAGAGUGCCUUUGAAGAAACAUGUAGAAAAUGGCUAUGGAUCUAUAGGAGGUUUCAUAUAGUUUCCCUAUUCUGUUUAUUCUUCAAAUGUACCCAUAAGAUUUGUAUUCAUCAAAUUGGAUUGGGUUUAUUUUUGUAUUUCAUAACAGUGCAGAUAAUAUACUCCUAGCUUCUUCAGUGUUUCUAAGAUGUGUCACUGUUAGGACUGAAUACAAUCUUCAUUCAACUUUUGGAGCAGUUUUUGUUUCAGUACUGAUGCACCAUUAGUCAUUUUAUUGUUUAGUGGUAAUUAUCUGGGCCAUUGAAAACAUAAGUUGCUUCUCCUUCAAGCUCAUUGCUUCAAAUACAUAACAACAUUGCCUUUUCUCCCCCCUAACUGGUUGUGACGAUGUGUUAAUUUGUGAGAUCUUUUAUAUACUUUUCUAUAAUGUCCACUUUGUGUCUGUAACUCCCCAGAACAAAGAUAACAAUAAAUUUGGAACACAUAGUUAAUAUUUGUAUUAGUGUCUUGUUUGUCUAUGAAACAAAAUUCUUCCAAGCAGUUGGUUGUGUAUUGGCCAGCAACCUGAGAUUUCACUUUGCUCCUCGUUGGACUCCUAAUUAUUUUGUGGUUCCCAAGCCUCUUAACUUAGGAAUCUGCCUUGAAAAUAAUUUAUGAUCUCCUAUUGAUAUUUACCAAAUCUGCCAAAUAUUGUGUUUUCAGCCACUUUAUUUAAGGAGCAACCUUGUGGUUCUGGGGAGCAAGUCCAACCUGGAGAUACCAUGUGGCCCUGGAUAUUGAUAGCUUUUUCUAUGUUUAGUAACAAAGUACCUGAACACUAGUUGUUUCCUCACACUACUUUAGCAAGUGAUACAUUAUUUCUCCUUGUAUUUAUAUAUUAUCAGCAUGUGUAGUGUGCAAUG